CAGUAAAUGCUUCUUUUUCUUGGCUUGGUGUGGAGAGAUCGGCUGGCGCAAGCAUUGCUUGGGUUACGCGGCUAGGUAAAUGGCGUAACGACAGGGUUACUUGAUCCUACCCCAGGGUACCCUUAUCUCAACUGCGUUGAAAUGCUAGGAGGUAAGACGGAUUGAAGCCCCGGCCCACGCCUAUAGACUCUUGCAGUAUCUUCGAGCUCACUCUUAAACAUAUUUCGAUUUUCAAGGUCUGAUCUUGAAUCACAUACACCACCAUGUCCCAGAAGAAGGUCGAAGUGCCUGGUGUCUAUGCCGGAGAGAACCAUCUCGAUUAUGGCUCUGGGAACGUACAUGCAGCAAGCCGCAAGAGAAACUCGGUGGUCAAUCCGGACAUCUUAAGAGGAGACAUAUUUGAUGAGCGAUAUGAGACUACGAAGAGAGGUCUCAAAUCUCGACAUGCGCAAAUGAUCGCCCUAGGAGGUACCAUCGGCACUGGUUUAUUCGUUGGGACUGGCCAAACGCUCCAUCGUGGUGGUCCAGCGUUCCUUCUCACCGCGUUCUGCGCAUUGUCUUUCCUCAUUUUCUGCACCAUUUGCGGUAUUAUUGAGGUUGCUGCGUACCUUCCGACACCUGGAUCAUCUGUGAACCUGUUCGGCUACCGCUACGUAUCUCGUUCUAUGGGCUUCGGGCUGGGUUGGCUCUACUUCUACUCACUAGGCAUUCUCAUUCCAUCUGAGAUCACGGCUGCUGGGUUAGUCAUCGAGUACUGGUCUCCGCCAGUGCAUAUUGCCGUCUGGAUAACGAUCAUGAUUAUAGUAAUUGUGGGCCUGAAUUGCUUCCCGGUCAGGUUCUACGGCGAGACGGAGUUCUGGUUUGCAGGCACAAAGGUCGUCAUGAUACUUGGCCUGCUCUUCUUAUCAUUCAUCCUGUUCUGGGGUGGCGGGCCACAAAAAGAUCGUCUAGGAUUUAGGUAUUGGAGACACCCAGGCGCAGCCAAAACAUACCUCGAAGACGGCAACACUGGUCGCUUUGUGGCUUUACUCUCAACAACGACUCUAAGCGCCUUUCCUUUUUCCUUCGCGCCAGAACUGCUCGUCGCUACGGGCGGCGAAAUGCAAAGCCCGAGACGGAAUUUACCCACGGCCGCACGGCGCUACGUAUAUCGCCUUCUCGUCUUCUAUGUUUUUGGAGCGCUUGCUAUCGGAGUCAUCUGCCCAUCGGAUGAUCCGAGUAUUACUAGCGGGGGUCAUGGCGCAGCUGCGUCGCCUUUCGUUGCGGGGAUCAAGAAUGCCGGUAUCCCUGUCCUCGACUCGAUCAUCAACGCUGGUAUCAUCCUAAGUGCUUGGUCAUCAGGCAACUCCUUUCUCUUCCUGUCCUCUCGUUCACUAUACGCGCUAGCACUAUCAGGCAACGCCCCCUCUGUCUUCAAGUCAUGCACUAAGUCUGGUGUUCCAUAUUGGGCUGUUACCGCAUCAUCAAUGUUUUGCGCCCUCGCUUACCUCAACGUUGGCUCCAAUUCUUCCAUAGUCUUCAAUUGGUUCGUCAAUCUUACCAAUACCUCUGGUUUCAUAUCCUGGAUCUGCUGUGGCAUUGUCUUCUUACGGUUCCGCAAAGCAUGCGAAGCACAGAACAUCACCGAUCUACCUUACCGCUCCCCCGUCGGAAAAUGGGGCGCAUGGUGCGUCAUCAUUAGCUUCACUUUCCUCUGCCUGGUGAAUGGUUUUGAUGUGUUUUGGCCAAAAAACUGGAACGUGAGCAGCUUCUUCACAGCGUAUGUCGGCAUUCCAAUGUUUUUCCUUUUCUACGGAGGGCACAGAAUCUGGGCAUGGCAUGACACAUGGGCUUACGAUCCAAAGGAGGUGGAUCUGUAUACCGGUAUGGAGCAGGUACUUGCUGAGGAGGUGCCGAAGAGAAAAGUUGCAGGCCUAUGGUGGAAGAAGAUCACCGCGAUCUGGCAGUAAGAUAUCAUUGUGUGCGUAAGACCAAAGGGUGAUUUGCGCUGUAAGUUCUGGGAAACCUAGCAACGAUAUAGUAUUUUAUUAUGGCCUUAUUGAUUCGGUUUCUCUCCGCUCUAUGUUUUCCUCGCGUCUUUUCGAUUCAUAGUCUAUUUCCUUUGGGGAUAUUGACAACGAUAGUAUUUGAGACCGGAGCGGCCUAAAUUUACCAACCG